AUACAGCAAUCGCUACCAAUCUAUCGUCCCUUGCAAAGGCACUUUCACGCAUUAAAUAUUAGGCUAUAUUGCUUCUGACCGAGGAUUUAUAAUUAGGUCCCAAAAUCUCCAAAAUCUCCACAAUCUCAGGCGAUUUUCAGACUAUGCUCCAUAUGGGGCGGGGUUUGGUGCGGAGGUAUCUCAGUCCUUAGCGGCAUGUUAGACAAAGUGGGGGUUAUGGCGGGGUAUAAAGAGGUGUAACCCUUUGGUUUACUGACAUUGCUGACACCCGAUGAUUACCGGAAAUAAACCCAUCAAUAUCAAUAGCAACUAAACCGAAACCAUGGCGAUGAUACAGGCAAACAGACUGAAGAAGGUCUUGGACAACGGAGAUAAGGCCUGGGGCAUCUGGCAGACCAUUCCAGGAACCAAUGUCUCGAGGGCUUGUGCGAAUAGCGGAGUAGACUGGGUUCUUGUUGACUGUGAGCAUGGUAACAUCGCUGAUGCUGCUAUGCAUGAGUCUGUUGCAGCCAUUGCCGCAACUGGCGUGAGUCCGAUUGUCAGGAUACCUGACAACCAGGGCUGGCUUGUAAAGCGUGCGCUGGACUGUGGAGCCCACGGAGUACUAGUCCCUCUUUUGAACACAGUUGAGGAUGCUGAGAGACUCGUCAAAUCUGCCAAGUUCCCACCUCAAGGUAUCAGAGGCUUUGGCUCUCCAUUCUCCCAGGGAGCCUUUUCUGCAACGAUGACAGCUGGGGAGUAUCUUGUCCAGGCCAACUCCUCUCUCCUCACAGUCGUCCAAAUCGAGACUGCCGAGGCCCUGGCAAACGUUGACGGGAUCGCGGCAGUUCCGGGCGUGGAUGUCCUCUUCGUGGGGCCAUUCGACCUUGGCAAUGCACUGGGUUAUCCGAUUACGGGCCCAACAAUGCACCCGGAGCUGGAGGCUGCUAUUGCAAAGGUUCUUGCUGCUGCGCAAAAGGCGGGUAAAAAAUCGGGAAUUUACACCCCAAGCGGUGAACAGGCGAAUAAGAUGGCAGCGCUGGGCUUUGACAUGGUCAAUGUCACGGCAGACGCGAUUGCGCUGGCGGUGUUUUUGGGUUCAGAAGUAGCCAAGGCUAAAGGUGGCCAGUCAACUGAGAAGAUGACCGGACCAUAUGGAAAAUAGACGAUAUAGUCGAAUAGAAUAUGUAUUCCUUAAGGCGGGGCCUCCGCGUCGUUCAUCUUCUUUUGGACUUCUUCGGCAGUGAAUCGGUG